AUGAAAUCGGUGUUAUUUUUCGGUUACAUCCUGGCGAUGAUGAAUUUGCUAAAUAAAUCUAUUACAACACAUAAAUGUUGCGGUCAUAAUAUUAUUGAAACAAUAAACCUAAAUCUGUCGCUUGGUGAAGCUCCACAUUGGGAUAAGAGAUGUCAAUCCUGGUAUUUUACCGAUUUUUAUGCCGAAUCAGUGACAUUGUAUCGUUUAGAAUAUGCAACAUUGAAGUUAUAUUCCGCAAAAAUUCCUGGUGUACAUAAUGUAUCGUAUAUGCUUCCGACUGAAGAUGAUGAACAUUUAUUCCACGUCGGACAUGAUCUUGAAAUGAUUCUUGUUAAAUGGGAUGGAUUUUCUCCCAUCGCAAAGAAAAUAGAUGUACUUUUUAGAGUGCAACAAAGCCCAAAAUACGCAAUGAAUCGUUUACAUGUUGGGAAAGCUGAUCCACGUGGUAGAUUAUUUACUGUAACGUAUAAUACAAAGCUUUGUGGUGACGUUGCAUUAUCAUCAGUUUAUCGAGAUUCGUGUUUUAAUGGUUUAACAUCAAUUUUUACACAUCAACGAUCUCCAGCUGGUUUGACGUGGAACCCAAAAACGAAUCGAUUUUAUUACUUUGAUUUGUGUUAUCCCGAUAUUUAUGAAUGUAAAUGGAACUCGAGAACUGGCGAUAUACGUGAUUGUCGUGUGAUUUUCGUACUUGAAAUGGAUAAUCCGAUAACAUAUGUUUUGAGUGGAUUAACAAUUGAUCGGAAUGGUUAUAUUUAUUUUUGUAUUUUUAACAAAUCUGUUGUACUAAAAGUUGAUCCAAGAAAUGGCGAAAUUGUAGAAGAAUUCAAGUUCGAAGUUCCAACAGUGAUUUCGCUGUCAUUUGGUGGCUCUAAUUUGGAUACGAUGCUUGUUACAACAUCAAAUACAAGAAUAAAUUUGGAAAAUGGUACAAUUAUUCAAAGUGAUUUACCGAAAAAUGCGGGCUCACUUUUCCUAAUCAAAUGUAUGAAAGCUCGUGGAUAUCCUGGCCAAAAUGUUCGACUUUGUCCAAAGGCUAGAAAAAAAUUAAAGUUGUAGGAACAUGAUGCAAGUAAAGAUUCAGAUUCAAAUGAGAGUUUUUAAUUCAAAUAAACCAUUCAAACCGAAAAUAAAUAAUUUUGGCACAAGAUUUUUUUAAA